GGAAAAAGAGCCUUUAUCUUAGUAACAGCCGUCCAAAAUCCGGUCACUGGAAAGUACGUUUUAACGAACAAGCCGGGAAAUUCGUCAACACAGCAGAGCAACUCGUCAGGCUAUCUUUUUCCAUCUCCUCAACCAUCGGCAUCUGCUCCUCAGUCAUAUUUAUAUCCUCAAUCAUCGGCAUCUCUUCAGUCAUCGUCUCUUCAGUCAUCAUCAUAUCAGUCAUCGUCACCAUCUUUCCAUCCACGUAUUGACGACGGGAUUCGUCCAACAGAGGAGGAAAAGUUGGCUCGGAAACAGGCCAAUAAACAACAGCCAGCUGAAAUGAGAAAAAUGAGGGCUCUCGGCGCACCCCAUAUUCCAAAUAUCGUGAACGAAUAUGCCGAUAAUGGAUACACCAGACCAACU